AUGUAUGCUAAUGCCUCCAUCAUCAGUAUUUCCAAUGAUGGAUGGGAUAGGCUAAGAUGGUGCCGGGUGGAGAGGUGCCCCAAGUUACUCACAGUCUUUCCUGUUCCGCAGCACAGUGAAUACACCUUUCGUGGUCUGCAUACAUUCUGGGCAUCCCAGCUCCUCUCUGCAUGCUACAUCUGGAACAUGCCAGUUCAAGUAUACUUUUCCAACCUGAACUUCUUACACCUGGACCACUGCCCCAUGCUCGUACAUGUACUCCCCUUAUGCCUAGGCUAUUGGACGGGGUUGAGUGGUUUGGAAACCCUUGAGAUAGUGUACUGUGGUGAUCUCACGGAGGUAUUAAUCCGUUUGAGCCCUGAGCUUCAAGAGCAGGAUGAAAUUAAAGAAUUCCGUGAGCUGAGGCGCAUCCACCUGCAUGAGCUCCCCAUGCUGCAGCGCAUCUGUGGACGCAGGAUAUUUGCACCUAAACUCGAGACCAUCAAGAUCAGGGGCUGCUGGAGCCUUGGGCGCCUGCCUGCCAUCGGACACAACACUAAGCCGCCCAAGGUGGACUGCGAGAAGGAGUGGUGGGACAACCUGGAGUGGGAUGGGUUGGAGGAGAACCACCAUCCUUCCCUCUACGAGCCAACCCACUCGUUGUACUGCAAGGCCCAGCUGCCCAGAGGCACCGUACUCAGGUAA